CAUUUCUGGACACGGGGCGUAAGUUUCUCUCAAUUCACAUGCCGACAUUUUAUGAUCAGAAGCGAGGCUCCUUUUUGGUCAUAAAGUCGGAGCGCUUGAGAUCCGAAGCGAAAAUAGGCGAAGCCGCGAAAAUCACAAGGUCGCCUGCAGUGGCUACAAAGAAUAGUAGUCAAGUGACCCACCCGAGAUGCCACAUGGUAGGAACUAAACGGAGCCCUUCCCGACAGGGAGCAAUGCGGGCUGUCAGCUGGCAGUCUGGCCGAGACAAAGUGGCCUCAACUCCAUGUAUAUAUAUCUCACUUGUCCAUCCUACACGCAUUUCUAACCGCCGCUGAGUGCUGAUCGCUGACCUCGAGCCUUCUUCUCAGCUCUGCAAAGCUGCUCCGCGUCCCUUACCUGGACCCCUUAACCUCCUUCUGAACAACUUUCAACAGACGCAUCGCAUUGUUUCUGUCAACGCAUAGAACAGUUCGAAGAUGUCGUUUUCCAAAAGGCGCACGACCGUGGCGGCGGCAGCGAGCCUCGUUUUUGCAGCUACCACUCUACCAGCUUUUGUGCAUGCGGAUGGCGCAGACGCUGCUUACUCAUGGCAGACACCCUCACAGCCGUGGCAGAAUGGACAAAUCGGGUUCAACAACUGUAUUCAGCGGUAUGGGUCGUACAAUCAAACUGGCAUGUGCAAUACUCGUGAGUGUUGCAUAUGCUCUAGAGCUCCGUCUAUCUUGACGUGCUCUGAGCGAAACGCAUGAUUUGUAUGCGAUACAGUCGCCAUCAACUCGGCCGAAGACUUCUGCCUCUAUGCGCCACCGAUGAACAACACGAUUGCCAACACGGAGCGCUU